CAAAUGCGUCAAGGACAUUGGUUCCUAAAAAUUGCUUACUGACUUAUAGAAAGUGAGAAAUGGUCAGUAUAUAAAGCCCAGUUGACAGGGCAAAAGGUGAAGAUACAAACAUGAUGAGGUUUGUGGUCCUGGCUAUUCUGGCUGUUGGAGCUUAUGGGUGUGGGCUGCCCACAUAUCCUCCAGUUGUGAAGAGGGUUGUAGGAGGUGAGGAUGUGCGUCCACACAGCUGGCCCUGGCAGGUCUCUCUUCAGUACAGCAGCGGUGGUAACUGGUACCACACAUGCGGAGGAACCCUCAUUUCCAAUGAAUGGGUUCUUACUGCUGCUCACUGUAUCGGUAGCAGAACUUACAGAGUGUACCUGGGUAAACAUAACCUGAAGGAGGAGGAGGAUGGGUCGCUCGCCAUUGCCCCUGCUAAGAUCAUUGUCCAUGAGAACUGGAGUUCCUUCUUUAUACGCAAUGACAUCGCCCUGAUCAAACUGGAAACUCCCAUCACUCCAAGUGACUCCAUCGUGCCUGCUUGUAUUCCUGCUGAUGGAGCUAUUUUAACCCACAACGAGCCCUGUUAUGUCACUGGCUGGGGACGCCUUUACACCAAUGGUCCCAUUGCUGAUAACCUGCAGCAAGCUCUUCUGCCUGUGGUGGAUUAUGAAACUUGCUCUAAGUCUGACUGGUGGGGCUCUCAGGUUACACGAAACAUGGUCUGCGCUGGUGGAGAUGGUGUUGUCUCUGGAUGUAAUGGUGACUCUGGUGGACCUCUGAACUGUAAGGGUGAUGAUGGAGCCUGGGAAGUUCAUGGUAUUGUGAGCUUUGGUUCUGGACUUAGCUGCAACUACGCCAAGAAGCCCACAGUCUUCACUCGCGUGAGCGGCUACGUUGACUGGAUCAGCAAGAAAAUGGCCACCUAUUAAAGACCACACAGAAUGAUUUUGUAUCAUCCAUUUUCCGAUCAAUAAAAAUAAAAAACAUA